AUGUCUUGGGAUGACGAUCUAAUCGGUGGCUCUGCUGCUCAAGGUGAAGAUGCUGUAUUGAUGGAUUCAUGGGAUGCUGAACUUACCGAUGAACCUGUAAUGGAUUCUUGGGAUGCGGAAGAGGAAGUUGAAGAUAAACCGAAGGCAAAACCAAAGGCUACUUCUAAAGCCUCAGGUAAGAAGAAGCCUAAUGGCAAGGAAGUAGUUAAUCCACUGAUGGCUAUAGAUACUUUGGAUGAAAAAACACGUAAAGAACUGAUUAAGAAGGCCGAAAUAGAAUCGGACCUAAACAAUGCGGCUGAUUUGUUUAGUGGUCUUGGUGUUGCUGAGGAACACCCAAGAGCUGCGGCUCUGAGGAGGGAGCAAGAAGCUAUGGAAAUCGCCAAGAUUUCAAGACCCGCGUUGACCAAAGAAUCUCCAAUAGAGGACCAUCCAUUGUUCAAAGACGCCGAAACCAAGGCGGAUUAUCAAGAUUUGAGGAAAUCUUUGACAACCGCCAUUGUUUCGAUGCAUGAAAAGUCGUCAUUGAACUACGCAUCCUCUUUAGCAGUUGAUUUGAUCAGAGAUAUCGCCAAGCCAAUGUCGAUAGAGAAUAUCAGACAGACUAUUGCUACCUUAAAUAUUAUGAUGAAGGACAAAGAGAGACAAGAAAGACAAGCAAGACUUGCCAAAGUCAAAGGUGGAACCGCUACAGGUGGUGCAGGUAAAAAGAAGGCAAAAGGUGGUCAACCAAACUUAGGUGGUGCAUUCAAGAAGGAUCAACAGUUCGACAUGGGUGGUGCCGAGUAUGACGAUUUCAACGAUGACGAUUUCAUGUAA